AUGGCGCAUGAUGAUCCCACAAUUAUCGUACAACUCAUACCACUUUCCCUUGCAUCUUUUUUAUCAUUGGGAUUACCCUCUGUUCCCUCCCACUCUUCUCUUUUUCAUCCCUAUCUCUUUCUGCAGCUGUCAGAGUUAUUUUUUUCCUUUGAGGAGAAGCCUCUGGGUGCAGCCUCUUUAGCCCAGGUCCAUAAAGCAGUGCUGCAUGAUGGAAGGACAGUGGCCAUCAAGGUCCAACACCCCAAAGUCCAGAGACAGAGCUCCAGGGACAUAAUGAUGAUGGAGGUAAUGGUAAAGGCAAUCCAUUGGCUCUUCCCAAACCUCGCCUUCAUGUGGUUGGUAGAAGAGGCCAAGAAGAACAUGCCAGUCGAGCUGGACUUCCUUAAUGAGGGACACAAUGCUGAGAAGGUGGCUAGCAUGCUGGCCCACUUCCCUUUUCUCAAGGUUCCCAUGAUCCAUUGGGAUCUGUCCACAAAGAGGAUCCUGACCAUGGAGUUUGUUGAUGGGGGGCAGAUCAAUGACAAGGACUACAUGAAGAAACACAGCAUCAAUGUUAACGAGAUCUCGGAGAACCUGGGCAAGAUGUACAGUGAAAUGAUCUUCGUGCAUGGCUUUGUUCACUGUGAUCCACACCCGGGCAAUGUGUUAGUCCGAAAGUGUGCCCACAGCAAGAAAUCCGAGAUCGCCCUGCUCGAUCACGGCCUUUAUCAGGUCCUUCAGCCAGACUUAAGGUUGAACUAUUGUCGGCUGUGGCAGGCUCUGAUAAGAGGUGACAUGUCCGGGGUGGAACGUUACAGCCUCAGACUGGGAGCUGGAGAUCUGUACCCCCUGUUUGCCUGCGUGGUCACCUCUCGCUCUUGGACUGCCGUCAAUGCCGGCAUCAGUUCUUUGCCUGUCACAAGCUCUGAGCCACCUCGCGUGGACCAGGUAAACCGUGGCACUUGA